AUGGCUGCACUGUGCUCUACGUUUCCCUUCCUGGUGCAGUCGGAGUUUGAGGGUGCAUGUCAAGAUCUCGCCGAUCGAUGCACUUCAGCCCAAAAUAUUGGCUGGUCCGCCAUUCGACUGCUCACAAAGCCAGAUGGAACCGGCCUCAGAAUAACAAAAUGUGUCGAUGUCCCUAGCCCGCUAGAACCCCCAGCGCUGGAGGACCUUGAAGAAUCACAGGAAGACGAGGAUCCGGAAGCUCUCGUUCGCGCCAAACUCCAACCCAGCUUACAGAUCGACUAUGACAUCUUGUUGUCCCCCACAUAUCAGGUCCCCGUCUUGUACUUCAGCCUCAGGUGGCACAACCACGGCCCACUCGGACUAGACGAAGUCUACCAGUAUGUCGUGCCGGAACGGUACAGGCAAGAAUUGAAGAAUGUGGGUGUAAUGGGUGGGAUUAGUAUGGGUUACCAUCCUGACUCUGGCGCCCCAGCCUUUUUUGUCCACCCAUGCAACACCGCGGAUGCCAUGGCGAACAUUGCCGACGCACAGAGCGUCACUCCUGGGUCAUAUCUCCUCAUCUGGCUCGGCCUUGUAGGUCAUUGCGUGAACCUGCACGUCCCACACGAGCUUUUUGCUUAG